AUGUUAAUAGAAAAUUUCAAUAGCAGCAAUACGACCUUUCCCUAUUUUCUACCGCAUGACAACUUCGUACAGGAUGUUCAUACGCUAACAUGUGCCCUGGUCAAUACUCUGCCCUAUGAUAAACGUUGUGACUAUGUUCGCGCCACCGCCCAGUGUUCGGAAGAUGUUUUCAUUUUUAAUUACAUCGAACUGUUUUACUGCCGAAUCGAUACCAGCCAGAUGGUGCUGGUGGUGGGUGGGAUUGUGGCCCUACUUCUAUGUUGUGCUUUGCUGUUCCUAAUUCUAGGCUCCACUGCUGAUGGGUUUUUCUGCCCCUCCCUGAAGGUCCUUUCCACGAUGUUGGGUCUAAAUGAAAAUGUGGCCGGUGUUACACUGCUGGCAUUUGGCAAUUGUGCUCCCGAUAUGAUGACCAGUUUGACGGGUUUGAGUGGUGAAUCGCGCCGCCUAUAUUCUGAUAUUAUGGCUGGCGGAUUAUUUGUAGUGUUUUGUGUGGCGGGGUGUAUUGUGGCCUUUGUACCCUUUGUUACACAGCCCAGUAACUUUCUAAGGGAUUGCUUGUUUUUAUUGUUGGCUGUGGUAUUCAUCGAUUAUAGCAUGAUUACGGAUAAGGCCAUAACGGUGUGGGAGGGUGUAGGGAUCUUGGGUAUCUAUUUGUGUUAUAUUGUGGUCGUAUGUCUGGAUCAAUAUUUGGUUGUGCAAAAAGUGAAAGCAAUGAAAGCCGAUUCGCGAAGUCUUUCAAGCAUCUCUUCUGAAUACUUUUCCCGUUUGUCACGAGAGGCCCACUUCGAAAUCCAUUCACGUAGCUGCAGCCAGCAGAUGGAGCGGAACUCUAUACCCUUCAACACCGAACACCAUGCCAAUUAUUUACUCUUUCAACAAUUCUGGAAUGCAAUAAAUCCUAUUGAUCGAGACGAAUGGCUGGAGGGUGGUAGAUGGGAUCACACCAUAAUGCUGUUAAAAGCUCCCAUCGAAUUCGCACUGAAACUUCUGAUACCCAUUGUGGAUUUUGAGCUAGAUGAUCAUGGUUGGUCAAAACUUCUGAAUUGUCUGCAGUUGAUUGGAUUGCCGGUCUGCAUAAGCUGGGCUCUGGUGGGAGGGGAAUUUUUUCUGUUUGGAAUUCCAUUGUGGGUUGGUUCAGCAAUUUUGACAGUACCCUUGGCUAUGUUGGCAUUUUGUAGAAGUCGAACAGAUAUUACGCCGGAAUUUCAUAAGUAUUUUGCUCUCCUGUCAGCUCUGGGUUCAAUUUAUGUCAUCUAUGCCUGUGCGGCCGAGACGAUUAGCAUCCUGAAUGUCUUGGGUUUGACCACGCAGCGUAGCAACUCUUUCUUGGGUUGCACUCUUUUAGCUUGGGGCAACAGCAUUGGUGAUUUGGUGGCAAAUGUGGCCUUGGCUCGUCAGGGCUAUCAGAAAAUGGGCUUUGCCGCAUGUUUUGGAGGACCGAUGUUUAAUAUCCUAAUAGGCAUUGGUCUUGGCAUGACAUAUAAGGCAGGAGUCUCUGCGGAGCUGCGUACCAAUAAAAAGACAAUUGCCGAGGGUACAAUGGGUGUAAAUAUUACGGUAUUUCUAAUAAUAGGGCUAAUACUGCUGAUAUUUGGUGCCAGCUCGACGAACUUUAUUUUGCGACGAAGCCUGGGCAUUUUUAUGAUUUUAAUUUAUUUGAUAUUUUUGAUAUUCACAUUUUUGGGUGAAAUGGAAAUUAUACACACCUAUGGUAGUGAUCAUCGCAUGGAUAUGAAAUUGGAGGAAUUGGAUUGAGGGGGGAAU